AUGAGUCUCGUUCAAAACUCGGAGGCUACCUCGCCUGUUCCCAUCAUCGAAACCGACGACAAAGGCCAACCCGUAAAGACCACCACAAGUACAAACGGUUAUUUCCCCCAGAGCCAACUCCCCUCUUCUGCCAACGGAACAGUCACUCCCUCGCUCGUCGAAAACAUGUCCCAUCUCUCUGUUGUUCGCGCCCACGACGACUCGGAUGCUGCGUCCAUCCGCUCCACGAGCUCUCGCACGUCGCGCAAGCCUCAGAUGCAGCUGGCGAGCUACCAGGAUGAGUUCACCACCAGCGUCUACGGCUCUCGCUUUGCGGGCAUGGACCUCCCCAGGCAUCGCAUGCCCGAGUGUGAAAUGCCCCGCGACAUUGCCUAUCGCAUGAUCAAGGAUGACCUGAGUCUUGACAACAACCCCAUGCUCAACCUUGCUUCUUUUGUCACUACUUACAUGGAAGAUGAAGCCGAAAAGCUCAUGGCAGAGUCCUUCUCCAAAAACUUCAUCGACUACGAGGAGUACCCGCAGUCCGCCGACAUCCAGAACCGCUGCGUCAACAUGAUCGGCGAUCUUUUCCACGCUCCCCCCGGCGAAUCCGUCGGCACCUCCACUGUCGGUUCAUCAGAAGCCAUCAUGCUUGCUGUGCUGGCCAUGAAGAAGCGCUGGAAGAACCGCAGACAGGCUGAGGGUAAGAGCACCGAGCACCCCAACAUCGUCAUGUCCUCUGCUGUCCAGGUCUGUUGGGAAAAGGCCACUCGCUACUUUGAGAUUGACGAGAAGCUCGUCUACUGCACGCCUGAUCGGUUCGUCAUGGAUCCCGAUGAGGCUGUUGAUCUGUGUGACGAGAACACCAUCGGUAUGUGCACUAUUCUCGGAACUACUUACACCGGCGAGUACGAGGAUAUCAAGACCAUCAACGACCUCCUCGUUGAGCGUAAUAUCGAUGUCCCCAUUCAUGUCGACGCCGCCAGCGGUGGCUUCGUCGCCCCCUUUGUCGUCCCCGAUCUAGAGUGGGAUUUCAGAUGUGAAAAGGUCGUCUCCAUCAACGUCUCGGGCCACAAGUACGGUCUUGUCUACCCCGGUGUUGGCUGGGUUAUCUGGCGAUCUCCCGAGUAUCUUCCCCAAGAGCUCGUCUUCAACAUCAACUACCUCGGUGCCGACCAAUCCUCAUUCACCCUCAACUUCUCCAAGGGUGCAUCGCAGGUCAUCGGCCAGUACUACCAGCUCAUCCGUCUCGGCAAGCACGGCUACCGAGCUAUCAUGAGCAACCUCACACGCACAGCCGACUACCUAACAGAAACCCUCGAAAACAUGGGCUUCGUCAUCAUGUCAGAACGCUCAGGAGCCGGUCUCCCUCUCGUAGCCUUCCGCUUCAAGACCACCGAUGAAGGAGGCGACCCUGAUCGAUACUACGAUGAGUUCGCCCUGGCGCACCAUCUCCGUUCUCGAGGCUGGGUCGUCCCUGCUUACACCAUGGCUCCCAACUCCGGCGUCAAGAUGCUUCGAGUCGUUGUGCGAGAGGACUUCACAAAGAGUCGAUGUGACCAGCUGAUCUCCGACGUCAAGCUGUGCCACGGCCUCCUCAAGGAGACAGACCAGGAGUCGAUCAAGAAGCGUGAGGAAUACAUCCGGAAUCACAUUUCUGCAAUGGGGCGCGGAAAGCACGCCCAUCCUGUUUACCAGGAUGAGAAGCAUUCUCUUCAGGGCAAGACUGGCAAGACACAUGCCAUUUGUUAG